AUGUCGAGCGACGGAGACGCCAACGCCAACAACGCCAACCUGCAGAUGCAGCUGCAGCUGCAGAACCAGCGCGCGCAGAUGCAGCAGCAGCAGCUCGCGCUGCACGCGUUCUGGCAGCACCAGAUCCAGGACAUCUCGCAGAUCGACCCCAACGCCUUCGACUUCAAGACGCACCAGCUGCCGCUCGCGCGCAUCAAGAAGAUCAUGAAGACGGACGAGGACGUGCGCAUGAUCAGCGCCGAGGCGCCCGUGCUCUUCGCCAAGGCCUGCGAGAUGUUCAUCCUCGAGCUGAGUCUGCGCGCCUGGAUCCACACGGAGGAGAACAAGCGCCGCACGCUGCAGCGCAACGACAUCGCCAUGGCCAUCACCAAGACCGACGUCUUCGACUUCCUCAUCGACAUCGUCCCGCGCGACGACAUCAAGCCCGCCAAGAAGGGCCCUACGGACCCGCAGGCUGUGUACCAGCAGCAGCUUCAGCAGCAGCAAGCGGCGAUGCUCCAGCAGCUCCUCCAGACCCAGAACGGCGCCGCCGCCACGGGCGUGCAAUGGCCCAACCCGCAGUUGCAGCAGCAGAUGCUGCAGCAGUACCAGCGCAUGCAGAGCAUGCAGCAGAACGCGGCGGCUGCCGGUGGCGCCACGACGCCGUCGAACGGCGCGCUGCCGAACCUGUCGCCCUCGGGCAGCGACGCUGCCGGCCAAACUUCGGCUAAUACGACUCCAGGAGGCACCAACGCUUCGGCGUCCGACCAGCUCUCACUGAACCAGCGCAGUGUUGACGUAUAA